CCCUUCUAUCCCAUUGCACGAUCUGGAAUAGAAGCUGAGAAGUCAGUCAGAUCUGCAGUUACAGAGCCUGAAAUAAAAAGAUGAACGGUUACUGCCUUUUUUUUACUGGAAGCUGCAGAUAGCCCGGUCAGAGGCGACGAACAAGGCUGCUUGCUAGCUAGGGUUUCCAAGGCCCCGCUUCCUUCGGUCGGCAGCAUCCUCUCGGCCUCUUGGGAUUACAAAAGAAACUCCCCCCACGUCUGUUCCGAGACACUCUUCUGAUUACGAGUAAAAAAGAAACUCCCCCACCGGGCUGUCUGGCUACCACUCCCCCUUUUCUUUGUUCGAAUCCAUUGGAGCCCACGAGGUCGUUGCCUCCCUCCCUCCGCCCUCCCCCACCCAAAACCCUCUGGCCUCUGCUUCUGCCACUAAAUAAGUGAGAGCCCCAUCACUUCGAGUCUUGGAUCCUUGAAGAUUCUGAGCGAUCUCAUCAUCUCUCUCGCUGGGUCCUAUUCUUGGCAGGCUUUUCACUUCCUGGAUCCGUUCAGAUGCGCGGGGCUAGCAGUUCCUGGAGUUUCAGGACCCGCCGGCUAAAAGACUGAAGAUCACAAUCACUCGGAGUCGGACGCUCGUGCUCAGUCUCCUCUUGCACGACGGAAUCUGAUCUUGGAGAUGGAGCCGGCAAAGGGGAAGAUGAGGAAGACGUCUUCCAACCUCCUCCUGCGAAUCACGGACAUCUGCAAGGUGCAUUCCGUCGCUGUCGCAGAGAACGUCGGCGAGAAGCCCAACGCCGGCAGCACUGGGGGAAGCAGUGAAGACGGUGCACACCUGAAAAUAUAUCCGCAGCAAGUCUCUGACCAUGAGAGUUGCUCUGGAACUUCCACUGCCCGCUACGAGGAUGCGGUUGUUGAGAAGCUUCUUGAUGCAGUCUCUGGUCUGAAGUUGGCUUAUCUCAAGGUUCAGCAAGCACAUGUGCCAUAUGAUCCUGAAAAGGUUGCGGCCGCUGGUGAGCAUUUUGUGUCGGAGCUUGAAGAGACAGCUGGGCUUAAAGAUCUGUAUUUUGGAGUCAGCAAGUGGAGCAAUCCAAUGUACCAGUCUCAUGUGAGCUCAAGGAUUCAUGAGCACCAAAAGGUUGCUCUGGAGUUGCAGGCUGACAUCUGCAAGAAAGAUUCUGAACUUGUUCUGUUGCGAGCAGAGUUUCAAGAACUGGAAAGGAGGAAUAUGGAACUGAAGGAGGAAGUUGACAGGAGAGCGUUGCUCAUGCACAGAGAAAUCAGUUUUGACAUUGGUAAUGGGGGAUCAAUAGAUAUGUUCAUUGAGUUGUUUGAGAAUUCAUCGAAGUGCAUACAUGAUUUCACGAAACUCGUCAUCAGUUCGAUGAAAGUUUCUGGAUGGGACCUCAACUACUCUAAGUUUCCGGUCGAUAAAUCUGUUGUAUUUGAGAAAAAGACUGACAAGAAGUAUUGUGUUGAGGCGUACUUUGCUCGGGCAAUGCUGAUGGUGACCAAAGGGGAGUAUUUUUCCAUGGAUUCUUUUUACCAUGUUAUGAGUUUCAAGGAUCCAUUCGAUGCUCUUGUUGAGUCCCCAAAUUCCAACUUCGGAAAAUUCUGCCGAGAAAAGUAUCUGGUUGCUGUACCAAGUAAUAUGGAGGACUCCUUCUUUGGAAAUUUGGACCACAGGGCAUUUGUCGAGAUGGGCGGCCAUCCAAGGACACAGUUUUACCAGACAUUUGCAGGAAUGGCUAGAUAUGUCUGGGCAUUGCUCACAGUUGCUCGCUUCUUGAAACCAAGGGCUGAGAUGUUCUUUGUCAAGAGUGGCGUUCAGUUUCAGAAGAAGCACAUGGAAAGUGUACCAGCUAAGCUGACCACAGAGGAAGCCAAGAUAAGUGUUGGGUUUACAGUAAUGCCGGGCUUUAAGAUUGGAUGCACUGUCAUCAGGUGCAGGGUCUACCUGUCCAUGCUCAACACAAAAGGCUCCUAAAAACACACAUUAUAUAUAACUACAGCAUUAGGUAAGCAAAAUGCAAUAGCUUUAAAUUACUCCAUAGUUCUAUAAAUAAGCUUACAGUUGGAAACUCCUCCUGUAUUAUGACUAGGAACAUGAGCUAAUAGAUGACUCAAGAGUACUAACUUGUUGUAAAGUCUUAUGCUACUAUAUAAACAUUUUCAUUUUCAGUAGUAUGUUCUGAUCUUUCUGGGUCAUGGCGUCGUUCAUGAUCUACUUGAAUACACUGAAGAAAUUGUGAACUAUGGAAUGCGCUGAUUCUCAGUAUAUACCAAUUCAUUUG